GUCCCCAUCCUAUAGCCCGUCGCCUGUCAAGAAAAAGAAGAAGAAAAGUUCCAAGAAACAUAAGCGACGCAGGUCAUUCUCCAAGAAGAGAAGGCACAGCUCCUCUAGCCCAAAAAGCAAAAGAAGGGAAGAGAAGAGGCACAAAAAACAAUCUCGAAGCCGGCCCCGAAAGUCUCACCGCCACCGCCAUCACCGCUGCCCCUCACGGUCCCAGAGCUCGGAGUCCCGCUCCUCAAGCUGUGAGAGCAGGUAA